CGGAGGGUAUUUUUGGAGGUGGGGGUGUAGAUGCUGUGGUACUUAAGCAACUGAAGAGCUUAGGAGUUUACAACAGAGCACAACUUUAAAGUCUUUCCCGACUUUUAACAUAAUUAUCUUCAGCACAAACUCUUUCCUUUACUCGUCCCUAUUCAAGAGCUUAGUCUUGGACUGCAAAGCUCUGGGAUCUCUCAAAAUGUGCCGGUGACCCGAGUGAAGACUCCGAUCAGAGGGACACUCCUGGCCCUGGACAUGUGUCAACAGAAAAGGGUUGACCUCAAGCAGCUGCUGCCAUGGGUGAUUGGAGUUUGCUGGGUAAAUUGCUGGAGAGUGCUCAGGAGCACUCCACAGUUGUUGGAAAGGUCUGGCUGACGGUGCUCUUCAUCUUUCGCAUCUUAGUGCUGGGCACUGCUGCAGAGAAAGUGUGGGGAGAUGAACAGUCAGGCUUCACUUGUGACACAAAGCAACCUGGUUGCCAGAAUGUCUGCUAUGACAAGACCUUCCCUAUAUCACAUAUUCGCUUUUGGGUUCUACAGAUCAUUUUUGUGUCCACACCCACCCUCAUCUAUCUGGGGCACAUCCUACACUUAGUACGUAUGGAGGAGAAGCAGAAGGAGAAAGAGAAAAACAAGGUAUCUCAGCAUCACGGUGAUAAGCAACCACUCCUGGGGAAUAGUAAAUGUAAAAAGCCACCUGUGAAGGAUGAACAGGGCCGGAUACGGAUGCAAGGUGCCAUCUUGCGGACCUACAUCUUCAACAUUAUUUUCAAAACUCUGUUUGAAGUGGGCUUUAUAGUUGCUCAGUAUUUCCUGUAUGGAUUUGAGCUAAAGCCACUGUACACAUGUAAUCGUCUGCCGUGCCCCAAUACUGUAAACUGCUACAUCUCUCGACCUACUGAGAAGACGAUCUUCAUUUUAUUUAUGCUUGCUGUAGCUUGCCUGUCUUUGUUCCUCAACCUGGUGGAAAUGUACCACUUGGGCUUCACAAAGUGCCGACAGGGCCUGAGAUACAGAACAGAAAUUGCAUCAGAAGCUGGCUCAAAGGCUGCUAGCGAAGCUGUAGCACCUUAUGUCCCAAGUUACCCUUACUUUGGAGCACAACCACCAGCUCCAGUUCAUUACCAAGCUGGGACUAGAUAUAGUCCAUCUCCCUUGACUGAAACGGAUUCAGUCUGUCAUCCAUACAACAGCAAAGUAGCUUACAAGCAAAACAGGGAUAACCUUGCAGUAGAAAGGAAUGGAAAGCCUGAGGAGAGCAACUCAAAACUCAAAAGAGAACCUCAGUCUCCCAAUGACAACCAACGUAAGGCUGGCCGUGUCAGUAGUAAGCCGAAUAAUGGCAAGAGCCGGCUCGAUGACCUAAAAAUCUAGUGAGCAGUCACUCUGCAUUUCUUUAAAAUUGUUUAUUCACCUCAAAAUGUCCUAAAAUAUGGUUUUCAUUGCAAAAUUUUACAUACUGAUAUGCUUGGCUGGCCUGGUACAGCCUUUACCCCCAAGCUAAUAUUCUAGACAUACAGUCAUGGAGGAUAAUAAAGAAACGGAUGCAGAAUGCAUUUUGGUGGACAUGCAUAACAAUUUAAAUCUGCUGUUUAAACCUAUAGAUUUACAUAUUGAAAAUUACAUAAAAUGAGGUAAGAAAAUUAUCAAGAGUAAGCUUCUGGCUUUUUCUGGGAUAUCUGAAUGGGCUUUGACAAGCCAGUCUAUCAAUUGGGUAGAUUUUUUCAAGUAACCAACUACACAUAAUGAAAAAUAUACUUGCACAAGGGGACAACCUGACUUCUUUAAUGAGACAGUGAAGGUGACACAGUUAAGUAUAUGGUGCUCCUCCACUACCCCACUUGAUGGAUUGUCAGUGAACUGUAAAUAAGAUUUAAAACUAUUUUUUUUUUGUACAGUAAAGAUUGUCAACACUGGGUAUAUUUGAGUCAAUGACUGGUUUAGGAUGGUUUGUCAGAAGGAUGCUAUACAAACUGUACAUCAUUUUUAAUAGUUCACUACAAAUAGUCCUGCAUUUUCCCGCAGGCUAAUGUGUGUCCACGAAACUGAUACAUCUUUACUGGGUCUCACCUUGCAGAUUAUGAUGAGCAAGUUAAUAGUGAUGGCUUUUCCAC